CCGGCGGUGAGUUUGUCUCCGCAGCGGCUCUUCAUCUUCACCUCUUCGGGCAAGGGAUCAGGCACGGACGUGCUGCCCAGAGCAGAAAGCCGCCAGCGACUCCAGGAAUUCGGGGAUCUGUCUUCCUUGUACAUCCCUGCUUUCCCGAAGACGUUCACAGCUUGGUGCAACUCCCACCUGCGGAAGGCCGGCACGCAGAUAGAGAACAUCGACGAGGAUUUCCGCGACGGCCUCAAGCUCAUGCUGCUUUUGGAGUUCUUUCCAGGGGAACGAUUGCCAAAACCGGAGCGGGGAAAAAUGAGAGUGCAUAAAAUCAACAACGUGAACAAAGCCCUCGAUUUCAUCGCCAGCAAAGGCGUCAAGCUGGUCUCUAUAGGAGCUGAAGAGAUCGUCGACGGCAACGCAAAGAUGACGCUGGGCAUGAUCUGGACCAUUAUCCUCAGAUUUGCCAUUCAGGACAUCUCGGUGGAAGAAACCUCGGCGAAGGAGGGCUUGCUGCUGUGGUGUCAGAGGAAGACGGCUCCUUACAAGAACGUCAACGUGCAGAACUUCCACAUCAGCUGGAAAGACGGUCUUGCUUUCAAUGCCUUGAUCCACAGACACAGACCGGAGCUCAUCGAAUACGACAAACUCCGAAAGGACGACCCCGUGACGAAUCUAAACAACGCCUUUGAGGUGGCAGAGAAAUACCUGGACAUUCCCAAGAUGCUGGAUGCAGAGGAUAUUGUAGGCACUCUCAGGCCCGAUGAGAAGGCCAUCAUGACAUACGUUUCCUGCUUCUACCACGCUUUCUCGGGUGCUCAGAAGGUUGGGGGCCCCGCAGCCUUCCACGAUUCUGAAUCCCGCUCCCUGCCCCUCGUGCUAAAAAGCAUCUGCAAGGUGCUGGCCGUCAACCAGGAGAACGAACACCUGAUGGAAGACUACGAGAAGCUCGCUUCUGAUCUGCUGGAGUGGAUUAAGCGCUCCAUCCCUUGGCUGGAGGAUCGCAGCCCCCAGAAGACCAUCCAGGAGAUGCAGCAGAAACUGGAAGACUUCCGCGAUUACCGACGUGUCCACAAGCCCCCCAAAGUGCAGGAGAAAUGCCAGCUGGAGAUCAACUUCAACACCCUACAGACAAAACUCCGGCUGAGCAACAGGCCCGCUUUCAUGCCCUCCGAGGGGAAGAUGGUCUCG